CUGUUAUACUUGUUUUUUCCGAGGAGCAACACUAAAAUUAUUUUGACAUUUCCAGCCAUUUUAAAAUUUAUUCCAGAGUGUCGCAAGUUCAGUGCAGGCGGUAAAAAGUAAAAUAUAGUCUUUUGUAAAUAACUAGGACGAAAUCAUGUCGGGGAUUGCUAUAACACGCUUAGGUGAAGAACGGAAAAAUUGGCGCAAAGACCAUCCAUUUGGAUUUGUUGCAAAGCCAGUAAAAAACAGUGACGGUUCCUUAAAUCUUAUGAUCUGGGAAUGCGUUAUACCUGGCAAAAAGGACACACCGUGGGAAAACGGAUAUUAUAAGUUACGUAUGAUUUUCAAGGAUGACUACCCAACAUCUCCACCGAAAUGCAAAUUCGAGCCGCCAUUAUUCCAUCCCAACGUAUAUCCAUCUGGAACAGUAUGCCUUUCAUUGCUAGAUGAAGAAAAAGAUUGGCGUCCCGCUAUCACAAUUAAACAAGUUCUGUUAGGUAUACAAAAACUUCUUAACGAACCGAAUAUCAAAGAUCCUGCACAGGCUGAAGCGUACACUAUUUACUGUCAAAACCGUACAGAGUAUGAAAUGCGUGUCCGUGCUCAGGCCCGCACUAUGCCCGCAAAACUAGAUUGAUUUUACUAUUUAACUUUUUAAUAAUUCACACAAUGUUAAUUUAUUUAUGAAUACUUUUUAAUGUAAGAAAAAAAUUAACUUAAUACAUAAUUACUUUAUAUACUUUUUUUAAUGUACACUUAGUUAAGUAAACGAAAAAAAUAAUGAAAAACGAGACG